UGCCAUAAAUACACCGCAAUUAUUGAUGCUCUCAGGCGUGGGUCCGAAACAGCACUUGGAGAAGUCAUUGUUUCCGCCGGUGCCAUAAAUACACCGCAAUUAUUGAUGCUCUCAGGCGUGGGUCCGAAACAGCACUUGAAUAGCCUUAAUAUACCGGUUGUGUUAGAUUUACCGGUUGGACAGCAUUACAUGAAUCAUCCGAAUACUCCAAUAAUAGCCCAAUUAAAACCACAAUACUUGUACUUAGCUAAUAAAAUACCUCAAUUUAACAUAGAUGAAUUGGACCAGUUGUAUUAUAAACAUGAUGGACCUUUGGCAAACAUUGUCACAUUAGUAUUGUAUUUAAACACACUUCUAAACCGAGACAACGAGUGGCCAAAUGUGAUGCUUGAAUUUGGACAUAUCUCUAGUGUUAUAUACAUCACCAUUGGUUUAGUGCGGUUUAAAAGUUAUGGCUCAAUACGGCUCCAGUCGACCGACCCAUUGUUGCCCCCAUUGAUUGACCCCAAUUGGUAUUCACAGCCCAUUGAUAGAGAAAAUAUGUUGGAUGCGGUGACCAUGGUUGUCCCGACUGUCCGGACAAACAGUAUUUGUAUGAAUGCGUUGAGGGAU